UAUCUUUCCACCUGCCUCUUCCUUGUUUGCUUUUUUCUUUCUUGUUUUUUUCCUUUCCAUUGUUUAUUUAGUUUUCCACCAUAUUUCUCUAAUUGAGCUUUAUUCGAACAGCAUUGCAAGACCAACUCCCAUAUUUUCUGGGUAUUAGGAGCUCUGUUUCUAGUCUUGGUGGAUCGCAAUCGGGAGUUGACUUAGUGAAGGAAAAUAUAGUAUCUUAUCUUUGACUUAAUAUGGCUUUUGAUCACAAAGGAAGAGUUGUUGUGAUUAUGGGCGUUAGUGGCGCUGGCAAAUCCACAAUAGGUGACAUGUUGGCCAAAGUUUUGAACUGUAGCUUUCUUGAUGCUGAUGAUUUCCAUCCACUAUCAAAUAAAGAAAAGAUGAGCCAAGGUAUUCCCCUCUCAGAUGAGGAUCGUAUUCCAUGGCUAGAAACGCUACGGGGUGUUCUAAAAGAUAAGUUAGACAAUGGAAAAACUGUGAUACUCGGGUGUUCUUCACUGCAGAAACAUUACAGAGAAAUUCUAAGAUCCGCUGAUGCUGAUUAUGUGCAUGGGAGCUAUGCUAGUAGGGUGCAGUUUGUUCUUUUGGAUGCCAAGGCCGAUGUUCUUGCCGCUCGUCUCGAGAAACGAGCUGCAGAAGGGAAGCAUUUCAUGCCGGCCACACUUCUGCAAUCACAACUAGAGUCGCUUAACAUAGAUGAAGGUGAGGGGAUAUUUAAAGUUGAUGCCACCUUAAGCCCUUUAAUCAUUGUAAGCAAAAUACAAACAUUUUUGUUCUCUGAUUUUGAACAAACCACUGGGAAUAGGGAUUGUUAAAGCAAUUUAUGAUUUCUCGAAUAGCAAUUGCUUCAGUGUUUUAUCAAAUGUAAUUUAUCUGAGCAGUAAUAAUCCAUGGUAUUUUAUAUUCAAAGAA